AUGAUAUGGAUGUAUAAUGACGGAAAAGUCUAUCUCCAGAGGUGCAACUCGUCCCCCUCGUCUUCCUCGACCUCCGAACCAAAACCGGACCUCAAUUUCCCGCCUAAAUCGUCAAAACCGACGACCCUAUCCCUUUUCGACGACGCCAGCCUGGACUUGGGCCUCGUGGGUCCACUCCACGCCACGUCAUCACCUUCCAACUACCAAAGCGUGUGCACGCUCGAUAAAGUGAAGUUGGCGCUCGAGAGGGCCGAGAAGGAGAUUGUAGUUAGGAAGCGCUCGAUUUCCGUAUCAAAGUCAAAGUCCAAGUCAAAGUCAAAGUCGUCAUCGGCUACUCGGUCGACCUCGUCAUCAUCCGUCGAUCUCGAUCGUGAGCAAAAAUCGACGGCCUCGUUUGCGGCAGGUUGCCCGAGUUGCUUGCUUUAUGUACUCGUCUCGAGGAGUAACCCUAAGUGCCCGAGAUGCAACAACGAGGUGCCAUUGCCGGGCUCGGUUAAGAAGCCGAGAAUCGAUCUUAAUAUGUCGAUUUGA